ACCAGAUGAAAUUAAGAAAAUUUAACGUAAUUUAAAAGACAAUUGAAAGAGUGCAUUUUUGCAAUCAACAUAAUCACAUUUUUGUUUGGGUUGUGAAUUAAUUGAGAAUUUAGUUAUCUAUUUUUGUUCAUUUAGUUAUAAGUGAGAAAACUCUUAAUAAAAUUGCGUUCGUGACGUUGUCCAAACGCAAAUGAUUCAAUGAUCUAAGAUGCAAAAUACAUUGCAACAAUCUGUGUCUACUCCUAAUGUUGGCGGACAUUCUGGUUCUAGGAGAAGAAAUCAAAGAAACAAUACUUACAUAAACUUGAGAACUGAUUGCAUAGCUUUAGAAGAGGCAGCAAAGCUAGUUUGGUGCAAGGAAAUGGCUGCCAUGCCAUCAAAGACCCCUGUCUCUAUAUUGCAAGAGUUGCUUAGCAGACGUGGAAGUACUCCCAAAUAUGAACUCGUUCAAAUCGAGGGUGCAAUCCAUGAACCUACUUUUCGAUACCGUGUAAACUGUGGCAGAUACAGUAGGUAG